AUGCUGGCGGCAAACCGCACUCACCCCUCCCAACACCGCUCCUCUUCCCCAUCCUUCCUCCAUCGCCCACCCCGCCAGCCCUCGCGCCCGACAGUCACUAGCAGUCCCCUCCUCCCCUCAUCCCCACGCCGUUCUCUCCCCAAAUGCCACCGCUCCGCGCUCAGUGCAUCCCCGCUUUGCGCUCUGCCGCGGCAACCGACCCGGCGCGUAACACAUCGCCCUUUCUUGCCCCUCUUCCCGCUCGUACUCCUCGCCGGUCUCCUUCUCUCCCUCGCGCCCCUGGCGGCGCCUCUCGCACCCAAGCCCUGGCCUCGCAAGUGCGACUACUCGGUGGGCUUCUGGUUACGCGCUCCAAAGGGCACGGGCGUGCCGCGCUACACGGCGCGCGUGGGCGAGAAGGGGCACUGCCCGUACGUGCGCCCGCUGUACGCGUGCGAGCGCAACAACCGCCCCGACUCGCGCUACCAGCGGUACCGCUGGCACGCCAAGAAAUGCCGCCUGAGCUACUUCAGCGGGACGGGCUUUAAGUACCUCAUGCAACAGCGGAGCGGGCCUUCUCUUUUGGCCGAAUUUACCCGGCACCUCUUGGGAAGUUCCUCCCCUCACCGCCGAUGCCACUGUGACGCAAUCCGUAUGACACUUGCCUCCCCCUGCUCCUUCCUUUCUGCUUCCCUCAUCUCUCUCUUCCCUCUUCUCCGCUGCCUCCUCUCUGCGUCACUUCCUCUCUGUCUUCCCGCCUCCAUGCUUCCCCUCCUCUCUGCUGCCCCUCUUCUGUCCUUCCCCCCUCUCUGCGCCCCCUCCACUCAACCGCAGCGCAUGCUGCUGGUGGGCGACUCGAUCAUGGGGAACCUCUUCGAGGCGCUGCUAUGCGCCAUCCACGCCGCAGGGUACCAGGGCAAGGGUGGAGCAUACAGUCAGUUUCAUGCUACUCCUUUUGCUGUUCAGUUCCAUUGGUAUGCAUGGUAUGAGAAAGCCCGGGUGCAUCUGCGCACGCCUCGGUGCGGGAAAGCGCAAGCGUACCGGACUGCCCUUCCAGGUCCACAGGCGCUGCUGGACCCCAAGAGCGACGAGAUUCUCGCUAACGCGAUUAAGGAACCGGUUGCAUUUUUUGGAGGUGUGGUGGCUGGCAUUUUGCGACUGGACUUGAAUGAGGAACCACUGCGGGACUGGGUGAAGCGCACUGCAGAUGCUGCUGGUGUGGCGCCUACAUCCUCCAAGAUAUUAGUGGAUGACGAUGAAGCGCCUCUUCCAACCUCCGCGCGCCCUCGCUCCUCCACCUUCCCCGUGCGUCGGCGCCCUCCCGCGCUCACUCUGCGCGCGAGCGUGGGCGCGGGGAACGAUGCGGCGGUGAGCGCGGAGGCGGAUGACGAAACGUGCGAGAUCGUACACGGACGCGACCUGAUGCUGGGGGGAGACGAGGGGCCGACAGAUGCAAGCUCAACCACGACAGCAGCCAUUGCAGCCGCGGCGCACGGGCUGGGGGAUGACCGGGAGGGGUUCCGUGCGCAUCUGGUGGAGCCGAUUAAGAAUAAGAACGGGAGCGGCGUGGUGCUGCUGUCUGAUGUGAUGGGGCUCGAUGAUGCGGACACGAAGAUGUUCGCGUACCGGCUUGCUUGCUUCGGCUACAGUGUGCUCAUCCCCGACCUCUUCCGCGGGCAGCCCUGGGACGCGUCCCGCCCGCAGGAGGAGUACGAGGCAUGGCGCGAGUCACUCGACUCCGCGCAGCUAGCCACCGACAUUGACACCGCUGCGCGUUACCUUGCCGCCUCCAUCUCCACCCCCGCGCCUGUCAGCCCCGGCAACGGCCGCAUCGCCCUGCUGGGCUUCUGCUUUGGAGGGGGGCGGCUGAUUGAGGCUCUGGCUCGGGAUGGCAGCAGUGGGAGUGACGGGGAAGGGUUGACAGCUGAGCUGUUCAGCACUGGGGUGUUUUUCUACGGGACGAGGUUCGAUCCUGCGAUUGCUGGGAGCAUCCGGGUGCCGCUGCUGCUGGUAGCUGGGGAUAGCGAUUCGCUCUGCACUACAGAGAUCCUGCAAGAGGUGGCGAGGAGAGUGAAGGGAGGAGCAGGAGCGGGGGGGGAGGCGGUGGAGGUGGUGACGAGGGUGUAUGCGGGGCGGGACCAUGCGUUUGCGCACCGGCCCAAGAGCAUGGAGGAGGAUGAGGAUGCGGAAGAUGCGUUUCAUGCGACAAGGCACUGGCUGCACGCACACCUUCUGGAAGGCGCGCCAGGGUGGACUGAGCCUGUUGCAUCAGUUUCACAGAUCGUGUCUGCUGCGGAUUCACCAUGGUUUACAAUACGAGAUCUGGUGAAGCCAAAUUCAGCGCGAACAAUACGUGCGCUUUCUGCUUUCGCGAACUUCUUUCUUUUCAUUCAUCAGUAUGCAGAUAGUUUGGAUCUCGUUUUGGAGAGGAACGAGGGAAUCACCGAGUCGAAACGAAUGUUUGAGGGCCGAAUUUCAGAGGUGGACGCACAAAUCGUAUUACAAGACGAACGUAACAAAGCCGAUGAGAAUGAAUCGGAAUGUUUGAAGGCGGGAUUGGACGGCCUCAGAAUGAACAUUCAAGAAUUAACCAAGCAGCGAGACGAAGUUGUGAAAUCCGUGACUGCAAAGCAGGAGCAGCUGAAUAAGCUAAAUGCAGAGAUAUUGGCAGAGAAGGGCAAGACUGCUGACGCCGAGGCAGAAGCAUUGGUGCUUCAGCAUCAAAUUGCCCAAUCUCCUCAGAAGUUGGAGAUGGCGCUCAAACGAGUUGAAGAAGCCAUUCAGGCAGAAACUGAAGCGAAGAAGGAAGAGUCCGACAGAGCAAAGGUUUUCCGGCAGAAGCUUCUGAUGUCAAGAGAUGUCCUUGAGGUGAUCAAGCGUCGCAAUGAGACAAUCCAACCCGUUGUAUCCACUGCUGAUAGUUGUAACAAGCUGAAAUUGGAGAUCCAAGCAAAGGCGAGUGCUAUCGACAAGUUGAAACAGCAGAGGGAGUUUUUGAGAAGGAAAGCAGAACGGAUUCCUCAAGAAGACGCUGUUCGAGACAAGAAACAAGAGGCACGGCACAAGCAGCUCGAGGAGCUGCAGACUGCUCUGGAAUCUGCGAAAAGAGGCGAGGAGGCUGUGCGCAAGGAGAUUGUGCGAGGGGAAUCCGCCUAUGUUGAGGAAAAAAUGAAGCUGCAGGGAGAGAUACAAGAAAAGGGAGAUCUGUACAAUCAACAGAUGCGCCGGUAUGAAGAGAGGAACAGUCAUUGUCAUCUGCUCAUCAACAGACUAUCAUCACUGGUACAAAGUCACAAAGAAAGAGCAAGGAAAGAGUUUGAGUUUUUGAUUGAUGAGUAA